AUGGCUUCAUUCCUGCGCGGGAAGCAGGCUGGCAUGCAGAAUGAUCUGUCUGCCAGCAUCCUGCCCCAGCUCUUCAGUCCAGACGAACAGGCGCGAUUCGGAAUCAACUCUCAGAUCAGCUGCCUCGCAUACGACCCGGUUCAGUCCCUCCUCGCCGUCGGUACGAACGAUUCCAAGUUUGGCCAAGGGCAAAUAUAUGUCUUCGCCCGAGAUCGCAUCCAGAAGUUUCUCGUCCCGAACAGACCGGCCUCGAUUAGGACCGUGCAGUUCUGCGCCAACAGGCUUGUCAGUCUAGAUGCCAAGGGCGAGCUGGCAGUAUGGGAUCUGGACACUGCCAAGAGGGUUGCGGGGGGUUCUUAUGGCGGUACCGUUGUCACCAUGAUCACAGACCCCAUGCUCGACUGGGCCAUCGUCGGCCAGGCGAGCGGUGAUGUGAGCGCCUUUGACCUUGACCGAGGGAGGCUUUCUCCCUUCAGGAUACCCAACUUCUGGAGGAGCAAGGACCCCAAGGCAUCCCUGGUCACAAUGGUCUCCCUGCAGAUGCAUCCUCGCGAUGUCGGAAAGCUGUUGAUAGGCUAUUCUCACGGUGCCGUCAUCUACUCCUUCAAGCAGAAUCAGCCCACCAAGUUCUUCGAAUACGUCCUGCAGCCCGGCGCCCCGGGUGGCAAUGCUGAAAACGUCAACUCUGUGCGCAGGCCGAGGCUGACGCACGCCCUGUGGCACCCGACCGGUACAUUCAUCCUCACGGCACAUGACGACGGAAGCCUGGUAUUCUGGGACGCCAAGGACGGUAGGAUAGUCAUGGCAAGGUCCCUGUACGAGACCAAGGUCGACCAGACCGUACGGCCAGCACCGUCGCCCAGGCCCAUCCAGCCAUAUGUGAAGAUAUCGUGGUGCUGCAAAGACAAUCCGGACGACACUGCCCUCUUGAUCGCUGGCGGACAGACAGCGGACGAGCCCGAGAGGGGCUUGACCUUCCUGGAACUUGGGCAAACUCCAAACUAUGCCACGUCGACCUGGCAAAUCCUCGAGGAUCAUCUGAAGGGCAAACGUCAAAGUGUGCUCCCGACACCGCCUGGGACGGAUGUUGCAGACUUUUGCCUGCUGCCUCGCUCUUCUCCUCACUUUGCUGGUGCUCAAGACCCUCUUGCUGUUGUGGUGACGCUCUAUUCGGGUGAGCUGAUCACCAUGAGCUUCCCUUCGGGCUUCCCGAUCAGCCCGACCAACCAACUCCAUCCCUCUCUGUCAUUUGUGCAUCCUUUCGUCAUGAAAGUGGUUGUCUCGACCUUGGAUCGAGGCCGAUGGUUGGGUAUGAUGGAGAAGCGUAGCAAGGGAGAAGAUCUACUGAAGGGGGGCGCUGAGGCGCCAAAACCCUGGCGCAGAUAUGAGGGGCGCAACAUCAUUCAGGUGGCUCAUGCAGACAGCACCAUUCGGCUGUGGGACCUCGGACAUGGCGACGAGAUGGAGAACACGGGCCAGCUCCAGGUCGAUAUGGCCCGCGCCGUUGGCAGGUAUGAAGACGUCAGCGUGACCGCCAUGCAUCUGGCCCCUAAGACUGGCGACUUUGCCGCGGGCACACAGAUGGGCGAGCUUGUCAUCUGGCGAUGGGGCGGAAACCCGCGAGCCGGGCGUGACGAGGCCAAGGAGAUGGAUCCAAACCCAGGCCACUUGUCUGACAUUACGUCAAGAGCUGAGCCCUCGCUGAAGGAGGGCCUUCAGCCGUACGUGCUGUACGAGAUGGCCAAGGGGUCGAUCUCCGCAGUGGCCGUGUCAGAUGUCGGGUUCGUUGCUGUCGGUUCUGAAGGAGGCUUCUUCAGCAUCAUCGACCUCCGCGGCCCUACCAUCAUCUUCCAGGCGUCGAUGGCCGAUUUUGCGAAGAAAGAGAAAAGGACGUCAUUCCUCAAAGGCCAUUCCAAAUCCUCUGCCACUAUAGACUAUCCCGUCAAGAUUGACUUUGGCGUCAUGACCCUGGAUGAUGACGGCUAUUCCAGCAUCGCGUGUUUCGUUGGUACAGACCAAGGCAAGGUGGUCACAUUCAAGCUUCUCCCGUCGGGAAAUAGCUAUUCUGUCGAGAUGGUGGGCAGUGUUUCGCUCAGCGACAGGGUGGUGGCUCUCUGCCCAAUCGUGGCGGAGACCGGCCGGGCUGCCGGAGCUACGCCAGAGAUUGUUGGCGGCCUCAGGAGUGGUCAGCAUGUAAACGGCGUCCUUGUAGCUGUAACCCAAUCGGAAAUACGUGUCUUCAAACCCGCCAGCUCCAAGGGUGCCUCCAAGACUUUCGACGAUGUCAUAUGCAAUGCAGCGUCUGUGGCCAACGUUGAACCUCAUGGUUCCGCCCUCGUCGCUACCUUCGGUGACAACACUGUCCGGGCGUUCAGCCUACCCGGCCUCAAAGAGAUCAACCGAGCAUCAUUGCCCAUGCUCGACGCCUCGCGAAAUACGCUUAACAUCAUCGCGUGCACAGGUGAUGUGAUCGGCUGGGCCGGCCCAUCGGAGCUGGUUGUCAUCCCCGUGUGGGGCACCGGUCGGGGCCGCGACAAGCUAAACGACGAUGACAAGCUCAUCAACCCUGAGGCUGCGAUACCGCCGCGUCCCACCAUCUCGAACAUGCAGUGGCUCUCCGGCACGCAGUACAUCUCACCUACGGAUCUAGACCUUCUUAUCGGCGGACCCGAUAGGCCGCCCAGCAAGCGCAUGCUCGACGCCGCAGCUGCAGAACAGCAAGCCGCAAAGGCGGCGGGCUCAGGCUCCAGUGCGUCGGCAGGGCCUGCAAGGCCGGGCACAGUACAGGAGGGAUGGGGCGAGUACCUGACAAGACAGAUUAACGAAAGGACGGACAAGCUGAAUUUGAUGACCGAUAACGUGGGGGAUCUCGAGGAGCAGAGCUCUCGCUGGGCAGAUGAUGUCAAUAAGUUUGUGGGCAAGCAGAAACGAAACGUGGUACUGGGUGGCCUGAAGAGCAAGUUCUUCUGACGUGUGUGCUUUUACUAUUUAUAUCUACAUGUCUUGGGGGAUGGGACGGCGCUUUGGGACGGACGGGCAAUUCUUUGUACAUGGACAUUAUAGGCGUAGUGGUCACUCGGACUGCCAUUGUUUCUGCUUCCAACUACUUGACCAGCCGUAGCUUGAACAUUUUAA